UAAUCGCAUUAACAUUAUUAAUAAUGACGAGUUUUAUUUGAAAUUUUCAUGAACGCAGACGCUAGUGUUAACGUGAAAUAUUUAUUUUUAAUUUAAACAUUUUAUUAUUAAUAAUGAUGACUUCUUUAACAGUAUUUUUGCUAUUUAUCUGCACUGUUGUGACGUGCUAUGCUUUACCAGUUCAAAAGAGUAUAGAACCACUUGAAAUUAAGGAAAUCAAAGAAGUAGAACAUCGUAUCCUCGAAGAACUUAAGAAUGAUGUUAGAAGAAAGAGAGAUAUUUACGAGUACAGCUACAGUGCCUCUACUAAAACGGAAUCAUCGGUCAAUUUCAGUAUGAAAAGGACUGAAACUGGAAACCACCAAAUGUUUAUUAUUGGGCCAGGAGAAAAUAAUCAAAAUUAUGUAAAAAUUAGUGUAGCUGCGUAAUAAUCAGUAUCAAUGUCAUAUUGUUUAUUGGAUUUUACCCUUUAAUAUAUUAAUUAUAAUAUACUUA